CAUCGUAGCUGCCAAUGUUCAGCAACUGAAAAAUAUGUUACAGACUUAUCAGAUCUUAACCUCUGUGAUAUGUAUCGAAAGACUAAUCAAUUUUGGAGUGUCCACAAAACUGUGUUUUCUAAACUAGAAAACUCUAGUGUUUUGUAUAUAUUGGUAUAAAUAGGUCACAGAUUACCAAACUCCCUUGUUGAGAGAUCACACAAGAUCACUUGUCUUCAUCUAUCGUACAGAUAUGUCGUUCAGCUCGGUAAACAUAUCCGUGGAGGCUCCAAUUGAGAACCAAAUACAAGAAAUAUCCUACGAUGGAAUCGAAAUAUAUCAACCCCCCUUGACUCUGUCGGAAAGCCUGGCAAAGUAUGCCCAGAAGAUCGACUUCAGCAAAACUACAGAUGUAGACAUCAAGAAGGAGGAGGCCGUUGAAGAGGCGAAGUCCGACAGCGAUAGCAAAGAUGCAUUUCAGUCGUCGUUGUGGCCCUGGGACUCCGUUCGCAAUAAGCUGAGGAACGCGCAUCAGGAAAUCUGUGUUCUAGCCGACGUGCUCACAGUUGCAAAAGACAAAAGGUACAUGGUGUUGGAUCCGGUGCAAAGGGAGCCGCUGGAAACCAAGCCCAUGGUACAGAUUUACGCUAGGAAGAAAGCACUGGCAGGGGCAGCUAACGUGUUGUUAGCUGGGGCAGAGAAGCUGAAAACAUCGCAGAACGAAGUGGCCAGAAACCGCACUACCCCAGACUUUCACAUCGAGCUCCUAAGGCUGAGACAGAACUGGCGAUUAAAGAAGGUCUCCAACAUGAUUAUUGGGGACUUGAGCUAUAGGACCGCAGGCUCCAAGUUCAUGCAAACCGGUACUUUUGAGGUUACCAAGGCUGAGGAGGAUGAGAAAAUCGGAAGUCCCCCAAGCAGCCCUUUGCCGGGAGGGGGCCAACCGACGAAACCCAGCAGUGCGCUUAAGGUGACGAUCCCUUCAGAGCUGCAAGGGGUGGCCUACAUUGAAGUUCUUUGCCAAAAAGAUACCGAGGAUUUGUGCUCCGCUAAUAUAAAUCUGUUGGGAUCGGGCGCACCAUCUUCAAACCCAGACAUGCACUGGCAGCAGAAGCUAGAGGCUGCUCAAAAUGUGCUAUUCUGCAAAGAGUUAUUCAACCAGCUUGCCAAGGAGGCGGUUCAGCUGCAGGCACCCAUUCCUCAUAUGGUGGUGGGCAACCAAAUUGUUGCCACGAUUUUGCCGGGAAUCCAGAUUAUUAUCGCACUGAGACAUUCCACAUCAGGCGACAAGAAGCCAGAAAAGCCAACUCCGUCCAAAGGUGAACACGACCAUGUAUUGGAACAUUCCCUGCACCAGCUGUUGCGCGAGGUGCACCACAAAAACACCCACCAUCCGUUUCCCCAUCCAGCUACCGGACCGCUGGGUCCAUCAAAGAAGAGAAUGAUGGCAGGUCCAAUGGCUGCAGACCGAUACGAACUGCUGGAUAUGACCAAGCAAGAGACCUUACUGGAGCAGAUCAUCAAACAGUCUCAGCACUGUCUGAUGAGGAUGAGGACUGGCUACGUAUUGGAUACGCUUGCUAAAGAGUGCAGAGAUCCGUUGAUUUCGUCACAUUGGAACACACUGAACAGCCCCACGCAGAGCUGUGUAAAGAUCAACAUUUCCACGCACGGUUACGAUGCCGUAUGCAGAACACCAUUGGUGAUCCACGUGGGUGAAAAGAGCCUAAAGUGCAUUUGUAGGGAUGGUAAAGUGAUGAACCUCAGCUACGAACCGCAGGAGUUUCGCGACUUGAUUUUCAACCACAUCACUCAACAUCAGAUCUUAGCUGUGCAGGCAUUGGCCAAGACCAUGGGCUGGCAGUCGUUGGCCAACUCAAAUCAUUUGGGGAGCGGACCGGUAGAUCCAUUGGGGAAUGCCACUUCUUGUCUUUUGGCUUCACCAACAGGAGACAGAAUCAUUGCGGUCCGCUGUGAAGCACAGUACGGCGGCAUGCAAGUAUCUGUCGCCCAUUCGCCUAGAAGCGAUUUUUUUCCCAGCCGAUUGGUCACUGAGCGAAAGUGGGAACACUUGGGGGGCCAAUUCAGGGACGUGCGGCUGGAUAGAAUGGAAGGCAGAAACUUUUUACAUAAAAUGGAACUUCUGAUGGCUAGUCUCACGAGCAACUCGUAAGCGAUUGAGUCAGCUGUUCCAGCUCUGAGAAUUUACAUUUUGAUUGUAAGCAAAUAUACAAUGGAAAUAGA